AUGAGCAUGAACUCAUUGUUCCUGCAGCAAAACUGUGAUUAUUCACUCAAGCAUUGCAACUGGCUUGGCGUGGAAGGAGGAAACUGUGCCCAGAAGUUUUGUUUUGGUGGAACCUAUGACCCGUCUGUGCUCGAUGACAAUGCGAGUGAAUGUGUCGCAUCCGGUAGUGCCGCUCACCCGACCUACUAUCCCUACGCCAGUGUAAUGAGUGGGUUCUGUUCCAAUGUCGCAGGGCCUGCUAGCACUCCAGCAACAAUGACCAUGACGGACGGACAGACCGGAUCCCCCGCAAAUGCCACCCCCAACCCCACGGCCGGGAAUGCGACAAUGAGACCUGCAACUGAUACUUCGGGAGUCGGGCCUACUUCAAGCGCCGCAUCAUCAAGCCAAUUGGUGUGUUCUGUCCACUCUGUAUCUUCUUCUUCGACCGAUCCCUAUCAUUCUAUGGGAUCAAUGGUUGCUAACCCCUACACAGAAGACAUCAGCGGCAUCUCCCCAGCUUCACUGGAAAUUGUCUCACUUGGUGCUCUCCGCAUUGUUUUUGACGGCUUUCGUAAACGCAUAGAUGAGACUGAUGGCUUUGUGAGGAAGUCAGCUGAGCACGCUUUAAGGAGGUACUUCAGCAGCGAACGGUCUCAUCCGGAUAUCCUUACCAAGCUUUCCGUUCUGUGA